AUGUCACUUCCUGUGUGCUCAGGGCCGGUACGGAUCAAAGACGCUUUUAAGUACAUCAACAGCGCAGUGUCGUGUUUGGUGUUUGUUUUGGGAAUGGUUGGGAACGUGACUCUUCUGAGAAUCAUCAGGGAACACAGACGCAUGAGGAGCGGACCCAACAUUCUCAUUGCCAGUUUGGCGCUGGGUGACAUUUUUCACAUCAUCAUUGCUUUACCCAUCAACGUUUACAAGCUGUUAGCGGUGGAUUGGCCGUUCGGUGUGGUGUUCUGUAAACUCCUUCCGUUCAUUCAGAAAACAUCUGUUGGAAUAACCGUUCUGAGCUUGUGUGCACUCAGUAUAGACAGGUACCGAGCUGUCGCAUCGAGGAAUCGAAUCAAAGAUCCCAAGUUUCUCAAAUGGACGGUUUUAAAGUUGUCUUUGAUAUGGACGAUAUCAACAAUACUGGCGCUUCCAGAGGCCGUGGCUUUUGACUUGAUGUCAAUGGAUUAUAAAGGCCAGCGUCUGAGGGUCUGUCUGCUUCAUCCUCUCCAGUCCUCACAUUUCAUGCAGUUUUAUAAAGUGGUGAAGGACUGGUGGCUGUUUGGCUUUUAUUUUCUCCUGCCGUUGGUCUGCACGGGUCUCUUUUAUUCACUGAUGGUCUGGACGAUUUUAAGUAAAGGAGCGAAGCAGGACAAACACAGAAAACAGAGACACGAGGUGGCCAGAAGCGUCUUCUGUCUGGUUCUCGUGUUUGCCGUCUGCUGGUUUCCUCUUCAUCUCAGCAGAAUCUUAAAAUUCACCAUCUAUGAUGAACGUGACCCUGACCGGUGUAACUUACUGAGCACAUUUCUCAUUCUGGAUUAUAUCGGUCUGAAUUCGGCGUCUGUGAAUUCGUGCAUUAACCCCAUGGCUCUGUAUUUGGUCAGCAGAAGAUUCAAGAACUACUUCAAAACGUCUCUCCGCUGUUGUCCUUCAUCCCGUUCUGUUGUCGUUCAGGAGGAGAAACACAGCUUCAUGAGGUCAAAGGUUGCGGUACCACCGUCUGACACUGUCAGUUCUCCCAAACAAAACUCUUCGUCCAACGAUAUUGAUGAAAAACACAACGCUUUUCUCACGAACUGUGCUUGUCUUACAUCAUGA